GUUUAUCUGUUCGACAUUGAUCGUCACGUUGAUAGGUAACUUAGCAAGUUGGUGGCGGGGAUAAGUAUCCCAACUUUUUUUUUCCUUCCACCUUUUAUCUUUCUCUCCCAGUUUCUUAUCUCUGUAUCUCCUCGCCUACGAGUCAUUUUCUCUUCUGGCGAGACUCUGAAAAGCUAUGUCUUUGCAGCGCGUCGCGUCUCUCGAGACCUUUGUAAACGUCCCUACGGAGGGCCGAAGAUCGCGGCGGGGUUCUGUAUCCUCCGUUGCUGCCUCCGAAAGGGCUCGUAAACUUACCUUUAACCCGCUUCCAGAGUCGUGGAAUCCUGUAUUUGAUGAUCAUGAAGCAGAUCAGCUUGCCCGGACCCGUGGGGCCUUUGAAGUUCCGCAAUGGAAACGUAUACUCCAGGUUGUUGUUAUGGUCGUAAUUUGCCUUUUCUCAGCCGGGAUCGUGUUCGGAUAUGCUGCUCUAAAACCAGUUCUCAAGAGAGAGGGCGCAUAUCAAGAUAUGUGUUACGGCGAAGAUACAUGUGUGGAAAUUCAUCUCAAUCUCAUGUUCACCGUUGCGGCUGUCGCCACCAAUGUUGCUGCUCUGCCCGUCGGUGCAAUCCUAGACCAUUAUGGCCCCCGAGUCUGCGGAAUAACAGGUGCUCUGUUUCUUAGCAUUGGUGCACUUUCCAUAUCCUUUGCUAAAACCUUGCCGUUCGACGCGUUCCUCCUUGGUUACCUCUUUCUUGCCCUGGGCGGGCCGUUUACAUAUAUAUCCUCCUUUCAACUAUCCAAUGCCUUUCCUCGACAUUCCGGAUUGAUAUUGGCAUUGCUUACAGGGGCAUUCGAUGCAUCGAGUGCCUUAUUCCUCAUAUAUCGUAUCAUCUACCUGAAAUCGGAGGGCGCUUUUGGGCAUCACAAGUUCUUCCUAGGUUACCUUGUAGUGCCGGCAGUAAUUCUUGUCGUCCAACUCACGAUACUCCCCAAGCGGUCAUAUAAGACGAUGGGAGAAAUGAUCGAGGAAUAUGAAGCACCUCCGUUCGGCGACGCUUCAGCUGUUGCUAACGUUGUGAAUGCUGAUGACCAGGUGGACGAGCAGACUGCGCUCUUGCGCGAGGAACAAAGAGAGCACCACGAAAGUGUUAUACACGAUAUUGAGGACCUACUAGGUUCCGACGAAGCAGACAAAGAUAAACAAGCUCAACGAGAAGAGGCCAAGAACGAGAAAAGCGGCGUAUGGGGUGUAAUGCAUAACAACACGGCGCUGGAACAGAUCCGUUCGCCUUGGUUUGUGCUAAUAUGUCUAUUCACUGUUGUACAGAUGACCCGGAUCAAUUACUUCGUCGCGACUAUCCGGCCGCAGUACGAGGCUAUAUUUGGCUCCACGGAAAAGGCUAUCGAGAUUAACAACUUCUUCGAUCUUGCACUACCACUGGGCGGCAUAAUCUCUAUUCCGUUCAUCGGGGCUAUUUUGGAUCACACCAGCACGGUCGCGGUUCUCUCGACUCUCGUGGUUGCCGCAACUACGAUUGGGAUCCUGGGCGUGCUGCCGUACGAGUGGGCCGCAUAUGCCAAUAUCGUGCUGUUCGUGCUCUACCGACCUUUCUAUUACACGGCCGUUAGCGAUUACAGCGCUAAGGUGUUCGGAUUCCGCACUUUCGGUACUGUUUACGGAACUAUUAUCUGCCUAUCCGGCCUCUUUAACUUCAGUCAGAGUGCGUUGGAUUACUUAUUCCACCGCACCUUCCGUGGCAACCCGGUGCCGGUGAACCUGCUGCUGCUAUCGCUCGGCUUGGUCAUUGGAAUUUGUCUCGUGGGGUACGUGACGCUGAAGGCGAGAAGCUUGAGUAUGAAGAGGGCUGCUGGGUAUGGGCACGGAGAGUACUAAAUUUGCUCGUGCAUGUUUGUGUCUUUUAAUGGCAUAGAAGUGUGUUUAAAUUUGAUUUCUGCAUGGCGUUUCAUUGUGCUUUUGCCAGUCAAUGUUUAGGGAGUCUGUUAGGUAUUCCGCAUAUCUGACUUGUGGCUAUGUCUUAGGCCUGGCGUUUUUAUAGUGUCUAGGUAUAUACCUCUUGGUUUGGGAUGGGAUUACGAAUAAAAAGCAAAAACAUAGAUAACUGCCCAUA